CGCAACGAAAUCGAGGUACGAUUACUCGAUCCUUCGCGAUUUGAGUGGCAGCCUGUGUUCUCCACAUCCGUGCUCUCGUAGAUCCCGAAUAUUGUGUGCAUCCCACCUGCGUAUCUCCUGCCGGGGAUUUCUUAUCUGAGAUCUCUCUUGUUCUUGCGCAUAUGCAUAUGUGUGGUCUCCUCGCACGGAAAUGAUAAACCGGCAUAUUUAGGAAGGGAUGGCGCGAUCGAUCGUUUCUUCUUCUCUUCUAAAAUCGGCCCUUGGAACAUAUCUGUGUGACAACCAAGCAGCUAGCACACCGAUUCCAUGAGGGGAAGCGCGAGGUCUCUAGUUGAAACCGCAACCAGACAAAUCAAACCUGGCAAUGGACUCGCAAGGGUGAUGACGAUUACCACUCCCAAGAAGCACGAGAAGGAGAUCAGCCCUACUGAAUCUGCCCUCCCAAAGGAUGAAAACGUCGAGCCCCUCGUCGCUUUCAGCCGGCCGCCUCCUUUGCCACCGGUUCUAGGCCCCUUGAUCGCGCUCUCGCUUUUUCAGACUUCUUCUAGUGAUGAGGACAGCAAAUGAGUCGCCAGAAUUCUGUGCAGGGGGCUUGCUUGUUUGAUCGCUGAGUUGGUUACUUUUGGGAGCCUGGCCGUGUAUAUAGUCAGAGGUUGUAGACAUCAUGUUGCUGUAGUAGUCUGGCAAGUACUACGAAAUCUGAAUAAUGUAGUAGUCUUGUGUGACAACUUUUCAGACUGAACGAAUUUCAAAGUC